AUUUAUCUUCAGUAGUCACCUGAGCUUUAAUGAAACUAGUUCUUUUUAUAAUCAUGAUUAAAUUAAUGAUCAUUUUGUCUCUUUUAAAUUUAGUUACUGCCGAAGGUACGGAAGUAUUGAGCCGUUGGUCAGAAAUUAAAAAAAUCGCGGAUCGAUUCCCGACGGCGGCAAUCGUCGUUGAAUUCAGCGCAAUCGAUUAUGUCGGCUGUAUCGGAGUACCGAUAUCGGAAAGACACAUUAUAUAUUCAACGCUCUGUCAUAAAAUUGAUAUUAAAAAAUCGGUGGUUAUUGUAAAUGAUGCCGUUGACUGGGAUAUUGAAAAUUCUUAUCGAUUUGUUGAAAGCUCGCGGUUCUUCGGAGCUCACAUAGCACUUCUGACGCUGAAAAAAAAAAUAAAAAGAAAUAUAACUUUCUAUAAAUUAUCGCCAUCUUUUUUGGAAUCGAGUUAUAACCUGAUGUCAUUUGGUCAACGUGCACGCUGUAGUUAUGAUUAUUCAAUCGAUAGUCUGGAAGCUGAUGAAAAUUUAUUGGAACAAAACGUAACUCGGUACAUGGAAUGUUCUGAUAUCAACUCCGAUCCUAAUUCAGUUAGAAUUUGUCGGCCUAAAUCUCUAGAUAUUGCGUCAGUUGAAAAUGGAUCACCAGUAAUUGAUAAUAAUUACACGAUCUAUGGAUUUAUUGAACAAGAAUGUAAAAUAAUAAAUAAAUUUCAUCAAAUUGCUCCGUAUUUUGAGGGCAUUAAAGCGAUAAUUAAUCGCGCCUUAAAUCAGCGGCAAUUAAAAAUACAAAAAUUAACUCAAAGAUUUACAAAAUCAGUUGUCAUUAUUACUGAAGAUGAUGAUAAUGGAUGUGUAGGUGUACCGAUAUCGCAACAACACAUAAUUUACUCAAAACUAUGCAACAAUAUUGACCCCGAUGCGCAGGUCGGGUCAAUUUUUGUCGCGAGCUCUAAUUGGGACGCAAAUAAUUUAUACCGGCCUGUAAUAAAACGCCGAGAAUUCGGUGGUCAUUUUAUUCUGUUAACGCUUAAAAAUAUUAUUGAAAAAGAAAUACCCCUCUAUCAAUUACCAUCAGUUCCAUUACAGUCUGAUGCUGAAUUAUUAUCUUUUGGUUACACUGCAUUUUGUUAUAACGACGGCGAGUAUUUUCGAGAAGGAAACGAUCCAUUUUUUCGCAAAACAGUUUAUUAUGAUCCAAGUGGGAUUUUAAGUCCUAGACAAUAUUUAAAUAAUCACUACUUAUUUCAAUUCAGUUAUUAUCUGAAGAUGAGCAUGGGAUCGCCAAUUGUCAAUAGUGAUAACAACAUAAUCCUCGGAUUUGCCGAAUUUGAAUGCAGCACUUUCGGUUCUUUCACAUCCAUAUCAAAUUACUCUCUUCAAAUAGCCGAAGCUGUCUUACAAGAUUUAUUAAUCCAUCUAUAAUUUCUAUUAAAUAAAUUAAUAACUAUCAAAACUUUACUUAUUUACCCCCCCCUCCCCUUAUUACCAAAAAUAUCAUAAAAACCUCU